UAAUGGUCAGGCAGAUUCGGCUCAGUCCUCGACCGAGCACAGCGCGAUCCGUACCGCGGUCAUACAUAGCGAGACCUGACUCCCACGAUAUUAGCACUCCGCCUAAAGCCUUCGGGAUUUUCACAUCAAGGAAAAAUGCUGUUUAUUUUGGUGCUAGCUGUGUCGUCGCUGUCGGUGCUGGAGGCGCGGGCGAGCGUGGACGGCAGCUCCCGCAGCCAGGUGCUGCGGUACGACAUGGACACUGCCAAGAUGCCCAACUCAUACAGAUACCACUACGACGCCAGCGACGGUUCGUCGCGGACGGAGCAGGGCGCGUAUUCCAGUAGCGGGAACAGCGCACCUGCCCUCAAAGUCAACGGCGCGGUCCGGUGGUACAACGACAAGGGCCACCUCUACGAGAUGAUAUACAAGGCCGGCAGGAGAGGCUAUAGAACGAUCAUCAGGAGAGUGCGAAAAAUGUUAACCGUCGCAGCGGCGGUUGCGGCAAUAAGUGCGCAGGCGCAGGAAACCACCAGGACCGCCCAAAUCGUCACAGAGAAGUCUCUAGUCAACGCUGAAGGAUAUAAGUUUAAUUUCGAGACGAGCGACGGUGUUUCACGUCAGGAGGAAGCCCAUCUCAUCACAGUUGGAGACCACCAGGGUAUAGGAGUCAAGGGCUCCUACUCCUACUACAGUCCUGAUGGCACGCAGUACAUAGUUACCUUCACAGCCGACGAGAAGGGAUACAAGCCGACCAUCAGAAUAGCCUCGCAGAACCAAUAA